AAAAAAAAAACAAUUAAUAAUAUUGAAUUUAAAAAUUAUAGUGAAUGAGAAAAAAAAAAAUAAUAGAGAAUUUUAUUCAAAUAUAAAAAUUAAAAUCAAGGAACAACUUUUUGAAAACUCUUAAAAAUUACUGGACAAAAUAACAAAAAGCCAACAAAAUCCCAUAUAAAAUUCAGACAUGGCGCCGAGAUCACAGAGAAAAAGAGCACAUGGGCGAGUGCUUACCUGCUAUUGCGAUGGUAGCUGUCCAAGCCAUACAAAUGACACAUGUGAAACAAAACCUGGUGGAUUUUGUUUUAGUUCAGUAGAUGAAUUUUAUGAUGAAUAUAAUGGAAGAUAUGAAGAAGAACGAACAUUUGGUUGUAUUUCUCCAGAUGAAAGUGGUGGACUAUUCCAGGUGAACCAGUGUAAAGUUGGACAAGUACCGCAUUUACAUGGAAAAAAUAUUGUUUGCUGUCAAACAGAUUUUUGUAAUAAGGAUGCUCUGCCAAUGUUACCAAAAAAAUCUACAUCUAGUGAAGACAAUUCUUUGGAACCACAAGAUUCAGUUGUUGAUCCACCUUCAAUUCAUUAUUUUGCAUUAGUUGCUUCAAUGAUAAUUUGUAUAUCAGCAUUUAUAGUUGUUACAAUUGUUAUUUAUUUGACAUUCAGACGGCGUGAAAAAAUUAAAAAGCAACCGAGAUUAAUGGAUUCAAUGUGUGGUAGUCAAUUAUCACCGCUAGCUGAAUUGGUUGAACAAACUUCUGGUUCUGGAUCCGGAUUACCGUUGUUAGUUCAAAGAACAAUCGCAAAACAAAUACAAAUGGUUCGUUCUGUUGGUAAAGGUCGUUAUGGUGAAGUAUGGUUAGCUAAAUGGCGUGAUGAAAAAGUUGCUGUAAAAAUUUUCUUUACAACUGAAGAAGCAUCAUGGUUUAGAGAAACUGAAAUUUAUCAAACAGUUUUGAUGCGACACGAUAAUAUAUUGGGUUUUAUUGCUGCUGAUAUUAAAGGUACUGGUUCUUGGACUCAAAUGUUGUUAAUAACUGAUUACCAUGAAUUGGGAAGUUUACAUGAUUAUUUGCAAACCAAUGUUUUAACAGUACAAAAACUUCAUAUGUUGGCUUACUCUUUAGCAUCGGGACUAUCACAUUUGCAUACAGAAAUAUUUGGAACACCUGGAAAACCUGCUAUUGCACAUCGAGAUAUUAAAAGCAAGAAUAUUCUGGUUAAACGAAAUGGUCAAUGUGCUAUCGCUGAUUUUGGUUUAGCUGUCAAAUAUAUAAGUGAAUUGGAUGAAAUUCAUAUAGCUCAAAAUACACGCGUUGGUACACGUCGUUAUAUGGCACCAGAAGUUUUAAAUCAAACAUUAAAUCCUUUACAAUUUGAAGCAUUCAAAAUGGCCGAUAUGUACUCAGUGAGUUUAGUAUUUUGGGAAAUGUGCCGUAGAUGUUAUACACCGAUAAUUGGAACAAAAACAACAACAUGCGAAGACUACGCUUUACCAUAUUAUGAUUGUGUUUCAUCAGAUCCAACAUUUGAAGAUAUGCAUGCUGUAGUAAAUGUUAAGGGUAUAAGACCUGAAAUACCAUCACGUUGGCAAGAGGAUGAACUACUACAAACUUUAUCGAAAAUAAUUCAAGAAUGUUGGCAUCCAAAUCCAACCGUAAGGCUGACAGCAUUACGCGUUAAGAAGACAUUAAGUAGAUUAGAAACAGAAUGUACAAUAAAAAUUGUGUAGUAUCUUUAAAAUGAAAUUACAAUAAUUAAGGAAACAAAAAUAUUUAUUAAGAAUACAUGCAUACAUAAAUAUACAUAUAAUAUAUAUUUAU